AUGGCGUGCAUAUCUCAGAUGCUUCGACCAAAGGAAAAGACUUCCAGCUGGAAUGCUACAUUUCCCAAAGAGCAAGUAACUGAAGUUCAGUCAAACCUUUUCAUAAAGAAACUGCUCGCAAUUUCUGUGUCAAACAUCAUGUAUCUAAGAGCAAUUCUUCCUGAAUAUGAAUUUGGAAACAGAGUACUUGAAGACUUGCGGCUGAAGAUUCUCAGUGAAGGUAAAGAUUGUCCUGGAGCUAGUCAGGUCAUCAAAUGGAUUCGAGGCUGCUUUGAUGCUUUGGACAAAAAAUAUCUACGACGACUAAUGAUUGGGGAUGUUAUUGAAGCCUACACUUUCAAAUUUGGUUAUAAUAAAACUGACACAACUAUGACAUGUAAUGGUGAAGAAAUAGCAACAUUAUCUUCAAAUACUUCAAAAUUAACACGCAAGGCAACACUUUCCUUACUGCGGACUAUUGUCAUCUUGACUCAGGGGCUCGAUCCUCUUCCAGAUAAUGCAUAUCUGACUAUGAAAGUACUUUACUAUGAUGAUAUUACACCACCAGAUUAUCAACCUCCUGGGUUUAUUAAUUGUGAUACGGACUGUUUUUUCUUUAAGAAUACACCCAUUUGUGUGAAAGUUGGAGAUGUUUCAACACCAUUUCAUACAUUGGAACUUCGAAUUAAAACAGAUAGAAAAAAAUUUGAAGAACCUGAAAGCCAUACUGUAGAAAAGGAAAUAUUACAAGCAAGUGAUUUGAACAUUGAAAAACCUGACAAUGACUGUGAGACUUUGUUAGAUACCACUGGUGCAGUAGGAAUUUCUUCAGUUAUUACUAGUUUAGAAGAAGGUAGAAAGCCACAACAAGAUAUACCACAGUGUGAUACCGUACCAUUUAAAAGUCCAACAAAACCAGAAGAAAGUCAUGGUGCCAUGUGCAGUGUUAUGGGCACUAAAGAGCAGUUAGUAAAUUGCCCUUGCUCUUUACAAAAGGUUGAUCCUAUAAUGCUUACUUGUGCAGAAUGUAAUGCCUUGCAGCAUGGGAUGUGCUAUGGAAUAAUGAAAGAGGAGAAUAUACCAGUUUGGCAUAUAUGUGAAGAGUGUGCAAGUAAGAAGAAUGAAAGAAACCAGUUAACUGACCAUUACUUGUCAAGUCUCCCUGUAGUUGAGAAACAGGCAUUAUGUAUUUGGCGGCGUACUUUGGUCUUGUGUAGUGAGCUGACUAAUGUUCAAGCUGCUUAUCUGAAGGAGCAACUGCACAUUGAUAAAAAUGUUGUUGCUUGUAUCCUUAAAAGACUUGAAAAAGAAGGUUAUAUUGUUUCAGGCAAAGGCCAUAAUAGAUAUAAAAAGACUGUGAAGAAGAAACUUAUUAUCUCUGAAGCUUUCCCAAAAUACUUGAGACCAACCAAGCAGCCUUUAAGUAUGGAGGACCCUGAAUCUGAAAUAUCUAAUGGGCAAGACAAGAAUAAUUGUCAGAUAGAAAGUUUAACAGAUGAAACAGAACAACUUUCAUUGCUGAACAGCAAAACGUCUUCAAAUCCAUUAACUAAAGAUACCAGAAAGAGAUUUCUAGAGGAGAAAUCCAUGUUUGAGGUCAGCGAUAGUCAGGACACUGUCUCAGAAAGUACAAAUAGAAAGAAACGGAGAAAGUCAAGCAUCUCUAAGAUGGGUCUUCCUGUGUAA